CAAUCACAAAAAGAUCAAAGCAAAAUGAAAUUCUUCCAAGCUGCCGCCCUUCUCCUUGCCAUGUUGGCUGCCCUGGCUAAUGCCGAGCCCGUGCCCAAACCUGGUACUGUUCUGGUUCAGACCGACAAUGUUCAAUACAUUCGCACCGGUUAAUUUAAUUAAUAUACUCGAUGACAAAAAUAAACGACUAAUAUUCUAUUGAACCUAA